AUUCGUCAAUUUUUACACGCGAGAUCGAGUGUAAUCGAAUGUCGCCUUUCGAUCCGCGAUCGCGUUCGGACCCGUGGUCACAGAUCCGCGAAUAACUGAUCAAAACAUCGAAUUUUUUUUCGCGCGUGUUUUCGUAGAAAGUUUCCAAGUUGUGCCAAGUGUGUCGAGACAGAGCCGUUAGAGUUCGAAUCAAAUUUGUGCCGCGUGACAUCAACGAUAAGUGAUUCCCGUUUCGGACCCCAAGGUUCAACAAUUAUGAAUCUUCGCAUCGUAUUAACGAAUGUGUCGCGCAGCUCUAACAAGUGACUUCGUCCAAUCGACGAAAAAACGGGAAACACGUGAGACUCAGCAUCGUCAGGGACAAUCGUGAUCGAGGUGGACGUUCAAACUCGCGCGUAAAUGCUUCGAAGGCCAUCGUCUUGGAACCAUUCGUCCGGUUGACAGGGAGCCGGGUUGGUUUCACUUCGAGAACGAGCCCAAAGACUGACUCUGCAUCGACCAAUACCUAGUGGGGGAAGAAGGAAGGCCGAGAGGGAUUAAGGUGAGGCGAAGAGGAACGAACGGAUCUAAGCGGCGAACGGUUGGUUGAAUUGCCAGGUCCGCGCAUGCUUCAGCAACGAGGCAGUUCAGUAACGACACCUCCCGCGACGUCAUCCUCCAACAUGUUCCCUCAACAGUAUUGCCUACGAUGGAAAUACCAUCACAGCAAUCUACAGACCAUGUUCUCACAGCUGCUCGAGCGGCAAGCUUAUUGCGACGUCACUCUGGCCUGCGAGGGCAAAACUCUCAGAGCGCACAAGGUGGUUCUGUCAGCGUGCAGCACGUACUUCGACACGAUUUUGUCCCAGUACGAGGAGAAGGACCCCAUUGUCAUAAUGCGGGACGUCAAGUUCUCAGACAUCAAAGUGCUGGUCGAGUUCAUGUACAAGGGAGAGAUUAACAUCGACCAUACGAGAUUGUCGUCCCUGUUGAAAACCGCGGAGGAUUUGCACAUCAAGGGUUUGGCCGAGGUAAGCUGGCGUAGCGAUUCGACGCAAAAUGAUCUAGGAAAUAGCGGUCACAGUCCUGGGGCGGCGACUCCAGGUGUCGAGACGGUCCUCAGGGAAGGAGACGCUGACGAACCGCCACCUCCAAAGCAGAGACGCAGAGGGCGCCCGCCUCUGGACGAUCCACCCUCGUCUCAUGAUGUCUUCACACCGAAAAUCACAUGUAUCACCGGAAAUUCACCGAGAGAUUUCUUUGACGCGCCUGUUCAAACCUCCUCGAUUUCCCAGGAGGAAAUGAUGAGCGAAGGCGGUGACCACGAGAGUUGGGACGACGAAAUGAUGAUGAACGAAAAUAACGAAACGCCACUGCCGGUGCUAUCGUACAUGUCCAAGGAUGACAACGCGUCCGACCAGGAAAAGAAAGCGCCUACCACUCCCUCGAAUUCCAACGCCACGAACCCAUCGAUCCCCGAGCAAUUCCGAGACGUCGUGAAGAUGAACGAUUACCUGACGACGGGACGCCGCCAAGAGUUCUGGGAGGAGCCGUUCACGCGACGCGUUAUGGAUGCCAUUAAGAGCAAAGAACUGGAAAUGAAGACUGCCGCCGAGAUACUUGGCGUGUCCUACGGAACCCUCUAUGGCAGAUAUCGCGACAGUUAUGGUUGCCUUAAACACCCGUAUAGAGUGAGGGACUUUUGGUCAGAGCCGGGGCCAGCGGAAGUGUUAGCCAAGCUGCGAAGAAAGGAGAUCACGUUGUUCCGUGCAGCCGAGUUCCUUAAUGUGACCGUCCAUACGUUGGCAACUUAUCUGUCGACGCUACAAGGCCCGGACAGAAUUUCGUUGGCCGGCGACUUGAGCGUUGCGUCGGGUGCGAUCGACGGCAACAACGAGACGCCCGAGAACAACGAGUCCGUGAACGACAUCUUGCAAAAGAUCAACGCGAACGCGGCGACUACAGCGACACCGACCACCUCGACACCUAUCAAGAGAGAAGGAGGCGGAUACAUCGAGGUGCCGACGCCCGUCCCGAAACCAGCGACAUCUGUACUCGAGAACAAUCCAGACAUCACGAUCGUAAAGACGGAGAGCAUGCCUCGCAAGCGGGAGUACGCGAAAGUCUCGAACACGGAGAACAACAAUGCGAAACUGAUGAGUGGUGGCGCUGUGAGCGAGGUGACGCAACAACAGCAGCAGCAACAGCAGCAGCAGCAGCAAAAGAUCACCGAUCCGUUGUCGUUGAACAAUGACAACAGCAAACCCUAACUAUUCAGGCCUUAUCUGCAACCGGCAAAUCCCCGUGCACCGAGCGCUAACUACAGAUCCGAUCUGUGCCCUCGAAGAUUCUAUUCGAACGUGUUUACUCGCUUCCUUACGAAUUUUCAUUUGAAAUAGAAGAUGGUGAAACGCGUUGCGCUGUCCAUGUAAUUAUUUGUCCGUCAUCGUUGCAGUUUUGCCCUUCCUUUCCGUUGUGGCGCCCCACACACACACACACACAAGCCAACCCACGCCAUUUAUUGUAGCUUUAGACAAUCUCGCGUGUACGAUCGUCGUCAUCGUGGCAUAGGUUGGAGUUGCGUCCACGUUGGGCAAAACUGGGCUGCGAGUAAACUGGAAUGAACGAGGGGUGAUAACGGAUCUAAACGGGCCGACGAUAUUUGUCGACGAUAACCUUGCGAAGCGAGGAUUUGUGUUCGGUGAUCCUGCCUUCCUCCGGGAUCCGGCUAUCGAUUCUAUCUAUCGUUGCACGAAAAAAAGCAACGCCCAGCCGCGUAUAUUUUCCGAAUGAAAAAAACGAACAGAGUGCGUCGAACUAGAGAACGAUUCCUUCUUAAGAAUUAGUACCUAGCGAUACGGUUCUUCGUUACUUCAAAAUUGGUUCGCUUAAUCCAAAGUCGGUAGCGAUUAUUGAUCGUGUUUGGCCUUCGUGACAAGGAACAAACAAAGAAGAAAGGGAAAAACAAAAAGGAAGAAAAGAAAUGAAUGAAAGAAAGAAAGAAAGAAAGAAAGAAAGAAAGAAAGAAACGUGUAAUAAAGUUCAAUCGAAGUUCCUUUUGAAUAACGAUGUAGGGUGUAUCGCGAAAAGAAUGCCUAGACUAUUUUCUGCCGCAUGUGUCUGUAUGGUAGCACGUAAAGAGCGACAAUAUUAUUCACCCGUAGACCCAUCAGUAUAGUGAUCCCAGAGUAACAGUCCUUCGAGAAUAGAUAUGUUUCUCGUGCGGUUGUCGUUUCAAACAAAUAUUGCACGAGCGUAUAUUUCAGCGGUAUAUGAAAAUACACUUUUGCAACGGGAGCCUUAAAUCCUUUGAGUGCUAAAAACAUUUUACAUAUGCGAUUUAUGCCGCAAGAUUAAUCGUUAGAUAUAUAUUGUACAUCGAUCAUUUUUCAAAGCAUAUCGCACGAUGUCGAAAUUUUAUCUUUUGUUUCGAUCGGUGUGAUUUGUCAGUCUCAAAGGAUUCAUCCGCGGAGACGAUCUUUUCCUCGCUAGGAAUCCUCGAUUCUACGACAACGUAAAACGUUGAAACGCGGAAAAUUCAUUGCGUAAAGAAAGAUAUGUAAUCAGUACAAUUCUAUUUUCUUUUUUUCUUUCGCUCACUUUCUAUCUCUACUUUUCUCUCUGCCUCCCUUUCGCUCUGUUUUUAAAACAGUAUAAUAUAGAAUUUAUAUAUUGCACUUAUAUAGAUGAUAUUUUUUUAGAAAAAAAAAUUCGUUUAAGCGUAUACGCGAGCUUUCUUUCCUCCUUUUUUGUUUUUUUUUUUUUAAUUUUUUAUUUCUUUUUUUUAUGUAUAUACAUAUUACGUUGUUGAUAUUUUAAGUGGCUUUUAUACAAGCAAUUGCUGAUCGAUAUCAAAGAUCGCUUUAAAAGAAGAUACACGUAUAACGUCCAUUGUAAAUAUUGGUGCAAUAGCAAGACCUAAAAUUAAUCUUAUUUGUCACAGAGUGCGUUUAAUCGCUAUUUUAAAGAAAGAAAAAAAAAUGCAAAGGCAAAGGUGAAACGAAGAAAGGACAUACAGUUUUUGUGUCGUGCAAUUGUGUUCGUAUCUUCUGGCCGUAAAAGUGAGGUUAGAAGACACGAAAGGGAAUUAAAAAGACGAGGGAAGAUAAUUCAAAAGAUAUAUGACGAUUCCCGUUAAUCAAUCGAUAAUGCCUUGUUGGUGCGUACCAACUUGCAAAAUUUACGUUUAAAUUUUACUUUCAUAAAAAAUUGUUCGAGGCACAGUUAUUUAUGUCGUGUCUAAGACGUGAAACGAAAAAUUAAGUCGCACGCGCGCAAUAUUAAACCGUACUCCACGAGAUAUUUCAACUGGAAAAACUUUGAGUAUUCCUGUUCGCUGAAGGUAACAAAGCAAAACAAAACAAACAAACAAAAAAAAAACACUAAGUAAGAAGUAAUAGUAUAGUAGAGGUAUUCUCGAUAUGAUAUUUUUCGACGAUAUAAGACUUAGUUACGUUGAGAGGACUCAUGCAUGAGAGGGUACUUGUAAAGUAAUCCAGAGGAAAAUGGUGUAUUUGUGAAAAACCGGACGCACACAAAGGAAGAACACACAGUGUCGUAGAGAAGGGUAGUAAUGAGGAGAGAUCGAAAUGAUUAAAAAAAAGUGGUAUUGUGAAGUGUGUACAUACAGAAGCGUAGGUUAAAAUAGAACGAUAAAAAGCGUGAAAAUGUGAGCACGCAAAAAUAUUAUACAUAUACAUAUAUACAUAUAUCUCUUUUUCUCUAGAGGAAAUUCUAAAAUCGACUGACUAUUAAUGAUAAAGAUGUUCUUUAAACGAUAAACUGCUCCAUGAGCAAAGGAAAAAUAGCGUUAUAUUUUGCGUUUUUCUGAUUUUUUUUUUUUUUUUUUUUUUUUUUUUUUUUUUUUUUUU